AUACAUAUUAGUGCAGAAGCAGCAUCUCCAACAAUAGUUUUGGUUGGUUCAUUCUCAUAUUACGAAACAAUAUGGGUGAGGCUCCUGAGCUGUGCUAUGUGAAUAACAAUAGUAAUGGCUUCUCCAAAUUUGGGCAUGAAACCGACCAGAACUUCACCCACCACCACCACCACCACGAUUCUUCCACCUCCGCCUGGUUCGAGGAAGUCAUCGAUCACCAUCUCAAGUGGUCUUUUGCUCUCAAUAGCGUCCUUCAUAAGGGGAUUAGCCAGUACCAGGAGAUUGCACUCUUAGACACCAAGCAUUUCGGCAAGGCGUUGGUGAUUGAUGGGAAGAUGCAGAGUGCUGAAUCAGACGAGUUCAUUUAUCACGAGUGCUUGAUUCAUCCGGCUCUCUUAUGUCAUCCCCACCCAAAAUCAGUAUUUAUAAUGGGAGGAGGCGAAGGUUCUGCUGCUAGGGAAGCCCUCAAGCACAAGUCACUAGAGAGAGUUGUCAUGUGUGAUAUCGACCAGGAGGUGGUAGAUUUCUGCCGUGAAUACCUGACUGUGAAUAAGGAAGCCUUCUCUAACAAGAAGCUUGACCUUGUCAUCAAUGAUGCCAAGGGAGAAUUAGAGAAGAGGAAGGAGAAGUACGAUGUCAUAGUUGGAGACUUGGCGGACCCAGUGGAAGGAGGGCCUUGCUACCAACUCUAUACUAAAUCCUUCUACCAGAACAUCCUCAAACCCAAGCUCAAACCCAAUGGCAUUUUUGUCACCCAGGCUGGACCCGCAGGCAUCUUCACCCACAAGGAGGUCUUCACUUCCAUAUAUAACACAAUCAAACAGGUCUUUAAAUAUGUGACUCCGUUCGCAACUCAUAUACCUUCUUUUGCUGAUACCUGGGGAUGGGUUAUGGCUUCAGACCAGCCAUAUUUUAUCGGGGCUGAGCAAAUGGACAAAAGAAUCGUAGAAAGAAUAGAUGGCGAAUUGCUUUAUCUUAAUGGCUCUUGGUUCCACUCCUCUGCCACCAUGAACAAGACUGUUUCAGAAUCACUGCGAAACGAAACCCAUGUGUACACGGAAGAAGAUGCUAGAUUUCUGCAUGGGCAUGGCGUGGCUUUUCGACUCUAAGGUUCUUGGGGGAAUUGAUGUACAGAUGAAUGGAGCUGGAGCUUACAACAAGCGUGACAACUUUACCCUAAGAAACUAAUCAGUAAUUCGCAAUUGUUUUGUCAAUUUGGUUUUAGGAGUUUGUGUUAGCUUCACCAAGGUGCUCUUUGAAUUCUAAGCUUAUUAACACAGACAGCCUUCGUCUAAUAUCUGAAUCAAUAAAUUCAAUUCGAGGCAGUCGCCCCUUCACAAA